GAUCAUAAAAGUUAAAGAACUGCUAAUCAAAACAGACAAUGGCUAUGAAGAAUAUGGAUAUGAAUGAAUUUGAUAUUUAUUUGUUUAAUGUCCAUCAUAAUUCUAAAAAUGAGGGAACGCAGGAAGAUCGUAAUAAAGCUAUAGGUGAUGUUGUAGACUGGAUAAAAAAUGAGGAUAUUGUUGACACAACACUCCUCAUACUCUCAGAAGUAAAAACAAAGAAAGUAGCUGAAGAAUUAAUAGGAGAUAAAUGCACCAGUGAAACUAUUUGGAAAGAGGAUGCCAUAGUUCACAUGAUAGAUAAAACUGGUGAUAUUGAUUUUCAACGAAUUAAAGAUACAUUAAUAAUAAUGGAUAGCAUAAAGGAUUUUAAUGAACAACCUGAACUAACUACACUGGAUUGUGGUUAUUUGGUUUUACCAAAUAAUAAGCGAUUACUCGUCGUAGCAUGGCAUGGUCGUCAUAAAAAAAAAUCAAAGCAGAAACAUGCUGCAUUUGAUGACAUGGUUUUAUUAGUUGAAGAGAUCAGAAAGAAAUACGAAUGCUGCUCCGUUAUUAUAGGAGGAGACUUCAACAUGGGAAGUGAUGACUACCCCAGAAGGAGUAAGAGAUUAAGCAAAUAUGAUGGACACGUAUACGAUGAUUAUGUCUAUACAAGUAAACAAAACAAAUGCAUUGACUAUGUUGUAGCUUGGCCCAAGAAGAAUUUUGAACAAACGGCAAAAGGAGAUAAUGUUGAGAAUUUAAAACCUGGCCUAAUAAAAGAUCCAAAGAUUUUUGACCAUGAUAUUAUCAAGAUUAGAUUUCAACACAAGUUCAUCGAUCAGACUGAAAGUGACUUGUCAGCACGCUUGGAACAAUUGAAACUAGCAAGCGAUGAAACUAAUGGUUAAACAAUUAAGGGGGAUUGCGCAAUGUGAGAAAAGGGAUACAUUACUUGAAGUUUUAUAAAUCAGUUUAUUAUAAAAUAAUGUUGUGAUUGGUAAGCUUUUCCUACAGGAUCAAGGAGUCCUGGGUUCAGUCCCAGUUCUAGCCACUUUUUGUAGAUGAUUGUACUUUAUUAUACUUAUACACUGUACAGACGAUAAAUUAUUAGAAUACAGAUGUCCUUUCAUUGAGUACAGAACUCAAUGAAAGGCAUUCACUGACUGAACUUUCAAUGGUGGUCCUCAUGGAAAAAUUAAUAGUAAAAUCCAAAGUGGCGUCAUGACAAAAGAAAAAAAAAAGGGCAUCGGAACAAAUGAAUGAAUACAGGGCUACAGAUGUAAAUUCAUGCAUUACUAAAAUUACAGCUGUAAUGCAGGAAGUGAAGGAGAACAACCCGGAGUAUAACAUUGUCAUAUCAAUCGUUUCACAAGUGUAUACACAAGAUCAAUCGAUAAUUCAUAAUCAAUAAAUACAAUGAGAAGUGAAAGAGUUCUGUAGUAAGAUGGGUUGUCCAUGACAACAACAAAGAACUACAUGUAGCAAUGGAUAACAAGAUAAAUGUGAAGGAGUAAAAGACAAAUGACCCAAAAGUGGUGCACCUAAGAAGAGGUGCUUUGAAGGUGAUUAGAAAUGUAAAAGGAAAAGUUGAAAAGGUGAAACAAAAUCAAGUUACCUGUUUACUGUGUACUGUACUCCCUUUACUUAAAGGCAGAAUCAGAUCUAUGGGGGUGACAAAAUUACAAGCAACAUGAACAAUUGACCUACCAAUCUAUUCCUUACAAUCUCAAAUACAAUAUCUCCCAAAAGAUUCAUGAUAUGUUAUAAAUUGGUGAAGUUAUAAUGGAUUCAAAGUGCUAAAAUGGGUGAAAAAUGUUUAAAUUCUCC